AUGAGUCCUCGUCAUCAUAGCGGGGACGUCGUGCGCGUCCCCCGCAGGCCCCUGACGCUGUCAUCUGUCUUCUACGAGAACGGCAGAAUCUUUUUCUUACUUAUGUUGGUCGCGCACACGGUCUACCUCGUCGGCCGGACGGUUACGGUCUCGGCUACCACGACCCCAGCACUACUGUACUUCGUGCAGUUUGGCCCCCUCUUAAUCGAGCCCACGAUCGGAAUUCUCGUCACCCAAUUCCUCAUCUCCCUCCAAGAAGCCGCAAACCGGCGCGCGCACCACCUCGGACUCGACACCCAUCCGCGCACCGCGACCUCUGACAUGGCGCAGGACUCGACCGAGUGCGGGUCGAUCAGCCUGGUGCAGUUCGCGCGCGCGGAUGUCGAUGAGUGGCUCGAAUCCGAAGCUCCCGCGAUCACCGACGGCGGCGCGUGCGCACAGUGGGAAGAGGAGUGCAUCGAGGCUCUAAAGAUGGUACAGGAGCAUAUCAGCAGUUCGGACUGCCACGACUCGGUGUAG